AUGAGGCAUCUGGGUGAGGUGCGACCCUUGGGCUUGCUUGGCGACCCUGAAACACAUCGCGGAGGCCUCAGGGCUGCCAUCUUGACGGAGCCCGAUGGCCUUGCCGCUGCUACGCCCGCAAGUACACCCACUUCCCGCCCGGGCCGUCGCAAUGACACCCCACCGGGACGGCCCUAUGGCGCCUAG